AUGACUUCAGAGCUCAACUCCAGGUCUCCAGGAUUUGGUUUCUCCAGCUCGCAAGACAACGGGGAGUUGCUAGACUGCCCCUGGCUGCAGAAACGGAUAGGAGAGGGUCCCAGAUAUCACGACUGUCCGAACUGUAAGAAAUCCUUCACAUCAUCAGAAUCUUUAAAGAAUCACCAGAAAAUUCACACUGAAGAGAAGCGGUACAGCUGUGAUCAGUGUGGGGCAGCUUUCACACAACCGAGUAAACUAAAAUACCAUCAACGCAUUCACACUGGAGAGAAACCGUACAGCUGUGAUCAAUGUGGGGCAGCUUUCAGACGACCGAUUCAACUAAAAUACCAUCAACGCAUUCACACUGGAGAGAAACCGUACAGCUGUGAUCAGUGUGGGAAAACAUUUUCUAAGAGUAGUAAUCUUCAAGCUCACCAGCGCAUCCACACUGGAGAGAAGCCGUACGGUUGCGAUCAGUGUGGUGAAACAUUUUCUAUGAGUUGUAACCUUAAAGCUCACCAGCGCAUCCACACUGGAGAGAAGCCGUACGGCUGUGAACAAUGUGGCCAAACCUUUUCUAUGAGUGGUCACCUCGUAUCUCACAGACGCAUUCACACUGGAGAGAAGCCGCACUGGUGUGAACAAUGUGGGAAAAUGUUUUCUACGUCUGGCCAACUUCAAUCUCACCUGCGCAUUCACACUGGAGAGAAGCCGUACUGGUGUGAACAAUGUGGGAAAACCUUUUCUGAGGGUGGUAGCCUUAAAAAACCAGCUCAUUCACGCUGCCUCGUUGUGAACAUGUUUCAGAGCCAAGCUGUGAAGAAUGAAGGAGGUUAUGAUUUAAAUGUCAGGGAGGACUCGGGAGACUCAGAGGAGCGAGGGAGCAAGAGGAAGAAGGAGGAGAAACAGAGAGGAAGAGGAGUCAAACAUCACCGCUGUCAGGACUGUGACAAAACCUUCACAACAUCAGGAUCUUUAAAGAUUCAUCAGAGAGUUCACACUGGAGAGAAGCCGUACAGCUGUGAUCAAUGUGGGGCAGCUUUCACACAGCAGAGUCACCUAAAAAUACAUCAACGCAUUCACACUGGAGAGAAGCCGUACAGCUGUGAACAAUGUGGGGCAGCUUUCACAAAGCAGAGUCACCUAAAAAUACAUCAACGCAUUCACACUGGAGAGAAGCCGUACAGCUGUGAACAAUGUGGGGCAGCUUUCACACAGCAGAGUCACCUAAAAAGACAUCAAUGCAUUCACACUGGAGAGAAGCCGUACAGCUGUGAACAAUGUGGGGCAGCUUUCACACAGCAUGGUACCCUAAAAAUACAUCAACGCAUUCACACUGGAGAGAAGCCGUACAGCUGUGAACAAUGUGGGGGAACCUUUUCUCGGAGUGCUAGUCUUAAAUCUCACCAACGCAUUCACACUGGAGAGAAGCCAUACAGCUGUGAACAAUGUGGGGGAACCUUUUCUCAGAGUGCUAGUCUUAAAUCUCACCAACGCAUUCACACUGGAGAGAAGCCGUACUGGUGUGACCAAUGUGGGAAAACCUUUUCUCAGAGUGAUAACCUUAAAUCUCACCAGCGCGUUCACACUGGAGAGAAGCUGUACUGGUGUGACCAAUGUGGGAAAACCUUUUCUCAGAGUGAUAACCUUAAAAAACACCAGCGCAUUCACACUGGAGAGAAGCCGUACUGGUGUGAACAAUGUGGGAAAACCUUUUCUCAGAGUGGUACCCUUAAAAGACACCAGCACAUCCCUGAAGGCUGCGGAAACAUCAGGAAACUGUCCGACUUGGGAGCGGAUUCUGUCCCCCGUCCCCCGGCUCUCGUCCCCUUUACAGGCGAGGAGCAGCUCGUCUCCAACGAGCCUCAUGUGAGCUGUCCCGCUCUGUCCUCUACAACUCAAGGGACAGAUGUGCAGACAGUGACUAUUGAGUCUUGUAACUGCGAGGAUCCUCCAGCUCAUCAAGAGAUGAAGAAGCUGCUGGAAGCCGAGCUGAAGAGGGUCCAGCAGUAUGCAGUGGAUGUGACUCUUGAUCCUGAUACAGCACAUCCUGCUCUCAUCCUGUCUGAUGAUGGGAAACAAGAGAAUUAUGACGGAGAAACAGCAGAAAAUAAUCUCCUGGACAGGAAGGGACAGGAGGGACAGAAGGGACAGGAGGGACAGGAAGGGAGGGACAGGAGGGACAGGAAGGGACAGGAGGGACAGGAAGGGACAGGAGGGACAGGAAGGGAGGGACAGAAGGGACAGGAAGGACAGGAAGGGACAGUCUUAAUGGCUGCUGCUAGUUCUGGAGGAAGCGUGGGUCUUGUGUUCAGUAAACGGAGAGAAAGAGCUGACAGCGGACAUCACCGCUGUCCCCACUGUGACAGAACCUUCACAUCAAGAUAUUUUAAGAUUCAUCAGAUAGUUUACAAUAUAGAGAAGCCUUACAGCUGUGAUCAAUGUGGGGCAGCUUUCACACUACAGAGCACCUUAAAAAGCCAUCAGCGCAUUCACACUGGAGAGAAGCCGUACAGCUGUGAACAGUGUGGGAAAACGUUUUCUUACAGUGGUAGCCUUAAAACUCACCAGCGCAUUCACACUGGAGAGAAGCCGUACAGCUGUGAACAAUGUGGGAAAGCGUUUUCUUUGAGGGGUAACCUUAGAAAACACCAACUUAUUCACACUGGAGAGAAGCCGUACAGCUGUGAACAAUGUGGGGAAACGUUUGCUCAGAGUGAUAACCUUAAAUCUCACCAGCGCAUUCACACUGGAGAGAAACCGUACUGGUGUGAACAGUGUGGGGAAGCGUUUUCUCAGAGUGGUAACCUUAAAUCUCACCAGCGCAUACACACUGGAGAGAAACCUUACUGGUGUGAUCAAUGUGGGAAAACCUUUUCUCAGAGUAGUCACCUUAAAAAACACCAGCGCAUUCACACGGCCUCGUUGUGAACAUGUUCCAGAGCCAAGCUGUUUCCUCCUCCUCAUGCCCUGAUAGCUGUGUUGUUAUAUUCUGAUCUUCUCUCCACAUUGAAGGCUGACCAGCAGUAACUCUAUCUUCUGAACAGCAUGUAUGUUGUCCUGGCUACGACUACAUAUUACGCUCCCU